AUUUCAAACUUUUUUUGUUUAAAGAGUCGACAGAUUCAAUAAGUGAAGUGUUAAAAUCACUUCUUCACUAUCUCAAUUCUAAUACAACAUGUAGUAUAAUAUUUCCUUUAAUACAUGAUUUAGAAAAUGCUCAUUUCGAACUAACGGAUACAUUGAAUAAAUUGUUACCAGAGCCUAUUAUAAAACAAAUGGUAAAAUAUAAACAUCUAGAGCCUCAAUUAAAAGAACUGGAAUCUACAGCACAUCGUGUAAAUCGACAUAAGCGUAAUCUUAAUCAAAGUUAUAGCCGGAGUCGAAGUACAGUUAAAAAGGAAAAAGCGAAUAUUAAUUACAGGACAUCUUCGAUGAAUUAUGAUUAUUUAACUAAUUGUUUAAUGGAUAAAAUGAAUACAGUUGAAAAUGAAGGGACGAUGGCUUGUUGUGAUGCAUUGUUUGUCCUUGUGUCGACGUAUAAACAAUUCAGUGAUCGAAUAUAUUCUAUAUUAAAUUAUUUGUUUGAAGAAGUCAACAAACUACACGAAUGUGCUGCGAGAGAAUUGAAUAUGUCCUAUGCUAAAUCAUUAAAAAAUAUGGAAAAUGCAACUCAAGCAACUAAAUUGAAAGCAUCAAGUAUAAUGAGUUGUCAAGAUCAUGAAGGCUCUACAUGCAGAAGUUCAUCAAGAGGACGAAUAAUGUCUAGUGAUUUCGAUUCGAGUGAUCGUCCAGCCACAGAAAACACUGAACAUGAUCCACUUUCAGUGACUGAACUUAGCAGUGAAUUAUUGGAGAUAAUAAAACGUCAGAAAUCAUCUGACGAAACAAUCGGUUCGAACCAUUCUUAUCAUUGUUUGAACAGAAAAUCAUCAUCAAACUCAUCAUCACUAACAUUACCGCUACCGCCACCACCAUCCAAUCAACCGCCAUCAUCUAAAACAAACAUAAAGACAAUGGUCACAAAUACAACAAAUGAAUCACAGUCUAAAGAAUCUCUAUCGCAGAAAGAUACAAACGGACCAUUGUCUAAGAUAUCCUCUUCAUGGUCAUCACAAUCAUCAACAUCACUAUCGACAACAAAGUCAAAUGAAAUCAUAGAUUCACAUGAUCACGAAAAUUCUAAUGAUACGACUACUUUAAACUCUGUUAGUAUUCAAAUGAAAAAAGUUGAUGAUACUAGCAAUCCUGAUAUGAAAAGCAACAAUUGUGAUGAUACUAACAGUGAUAAGACGAAUAACAAUAAUGAUGGUAAUAAAGAAAAGUUUACAUUGACAAACAACCUGUUGUUCAAUUCAACCUCAUCAGCAUCGACUUAUUCCAUUUGUCAAUUUCCGUAUUAUUCCAAUCAAAAAUCAUUACAGUACAAUCAAAACUAUCCCUAUGAUCUUAAGUCACCAAUUGUUUCAACAAUAUAUUCAAUAAGAAAUAAUAAUCCCAGUAAUAACAUACUUACUGAAAACACCAAAACGUUAUUACCCAUUAUGAAAUCAUCAAAUGUAUGUAAUAAAAGUUAUGCUACUGAAAAGUCACUAAGUAGCAUGUUUUAUUUAAGUAAAAAUAACAUGAACUCAUCAAGUGAUUGUUGUCCUUACGACAAUAAUACUGAAAUUAGUUGUAUACCAAUAAUUGUCCAAAAAAAUUCAUGGUCAAACACUUCUCCCAUUAAUAAUAAUGAUAAAAACAAAAACGGCAACAGUAGUAAUUAUAGUAUUCGUGAAGUCGAUUCGGAUGCUAUUAAUAGCAAUGAUAAUCACAGGACUCUAUAUCGAGAACCAUUGUUAAAUGAUAAUGAAGUUAGAUCACCAAAACAAAACAUUAUAUCUUGGGGUUUUUUACCGUCACCAAUAACUGAGGUAAGUUUCAUUUGAUCAACACCAAUGAAUUACUUAUCAAUGUAAUCGGUUUACUAGGAAAGUAAGUUUUCUUUGAAAGGUUUUUUGUAUGUUCCAAUACAUUACUGACAUAAAACAAAUCCAUUAAAUAGGUUUAUUUUUCUUGCAUCAAGGAGGUUAAUGUGAUCUAAAAACUAAAAUGAUCAAGACUAUCCAACCAAAUACUUCCAUCACUCCAGUAUUGUUAAUUGCUAAACAAUUUAGAUGACCUCAAGUAUUCGCUUAUUCUAGAUUAAUGAAGAAAGAACCGACUUUUAUUCAUUGUCGGAUUAAUAUAUAGCUUUUGUCUUUGACACUCGGUGCCAUAUCUCGCGAGACUGUUCUUUUUAAUCGGAAAAUAUUCCGGAUUAUUUGGUGAUGUGGUAUUUUAUCAGUAGCUUGGGUGAAUAAAUAACCAAAAAUCCAUUUCUUUUGAAUGACCCAGGCUUAUUCAACACUAAGACAGACUAAACAUAGAUUACUAGAAUGAAUUUAUCAUGUGAAAAGUGUUUAUUUGUCGGAAACACUGUUAAGAGAUGAUUAGGCAUGAAGUUUUUACAAAUAUUAAGUAACAAACUCGGAUAUUAGAAAAAGACUAAGCAAGUAAUUGUUAAUACCUUAUUAUUUAGAAAAUAAAAUACCUAACUUUAUUUUUAAAAUAUCCAGCAUAAAAUAGACAUGAAAAAAUUAUUGUUUUGCAUGGUAUCAAUACUGAGACAAAAAGAAUUUGUUAAGCUUAGGAGAUUAGAGUCACAUUUUCUCCCUAUGCGAUUAUCCCAGACAGAAAUGAUUUAAUCUGUAUACCUUUUAAUACUGUCCUUUUCGUUUAAAACCAACUAAUUUCAGUUGUGAGAUAGUAAGUCACUGAUGACAAUGGUGGAUGUGUCGUUCAAUUUCGUGGAUUAGUUAAAGUUAGACAUUAACACCGUUGGAUGCCGGCUCAGUGGUUUAGUAGUUAAGCGCCUGUCGCGAGAGUGAUAGGUCCUGAGUUCGAAUCUCGCGGGGCGGGGUCGUGGAUAUUCACUGCUGAGGAGUGUCAUACUAGAACGAAACAGCCGUUCAGUGCUUACAGGCUUUCCAUGGUGGUUUAGCUUCAAUGGACUCAUGAUCUCAACUUUUUAAAUUCAUUCAAACCAUUAGAAGAGUUAUCAUUUGUAUAUUUUAGUUUGGUUAAAAUUUGUACGAUACAUUUAAACAAGUAAUGAAAAUUUGAAUGUGAAAAUAUUAGCCAGUAGGCAUCCAAAAUGCAAAACUACUAUCCUACAUUUUGAGGGUAUAUACACAAGUGAGUAGUAAGACUUGUAUUACAACUGAUUAAUAUCUUUUUUGUGAAUGAUACAUGGAAGCUGGCUAAAUUUUGGUUGCAUCAAGACAACCAUUAAAUUACAGUAGACCAACACCCAGAGUCAUCUAUGAAGCAACCGAUCAUACUACUGUUUUUUUCUAAUUAAACAAGUCUACUAGCUGUGUUUAUCACUAAGAAAAAAAAACAUUUCUUAUCAUUUUUUCAUUGAUCUCCAAAACGUGGAUAAGAAUAACAUUAAUCGAUUUAAUUAUGUUAUCGAGAAAAUUCCUAAAUAACUUCAUAAUCAAUAGAGUCUGACUUAUUGAGACUGAUAGAUAUUCAUUACAAAAUUUAUACUCUGGUAACUAACCCGAAAAUCAAUCAACAUUUUAAAUUAUUACUGUUUGUUUUUUCAACAAAAAAAAACAUUUAACUGAAGUUGUUUGGUUUUUUUACUAUCAACAGAAUGAAUUCCCAUUGAUUAUAUAAGAAUAUUUGAUCAAUACUUAAGUAUGUAUUUUUUUUAAUAAUGUUUGUUUACAUUUUGUUCACAUGUUGGAUGUUAAUUUCGCUUACAAAUAAACAAAGGAAGAGGAUGAGUGAAUCAGAAAAAUCAAUGGUAAAAAUAUUUACCUAUUUAGAACUGUCCAUUAUCUGAAUAGAUGGUCAUGAAUUAUGUCGAUAAAAUGAAAGAAAAAUACUUCUAUUUUCUCAUAAUAAUUGGUUCCAUUGAAUGUAAUUGAAAAAAAAUGUUAUUACUUAAUAAUAUAUUACUUUAAUCAAAUAUCAGUAGAAUAAUGACUAACUGACUGACUGACUACCUAUCUGUUUUUUAUAAUAUAUUGACAUGAGUAUUGCCGUUUACUUUGCUUUGAAAUAUUUUCAGAAUCAUUACUUUCUCUUAUUUUUUGGAAUAAAUAAUAACUUUAACUUUUGUUAAACAUUUAAUUAAUUAAAUACGCGUAUUCAUAAUAAUUUGGACAUUAAUCUUACAGCGCAUACAUAAAAUUACAUAUUAUGUGUUCAGAGAGAUUACCAUUUGAUAGUGGUUAGAAAAAAGUUCACAAUGCC